AUGUCUGACGAAUAAGUAGCUAACGAAUUAGAUGAUCUAGAAAAGAACCAAGUCAAAGUGAAGUUCCCAAAAAUAUCUCUGAUUUCUUUGAUAUAAGAUAAGAUUGUGUCAGUAAAUCAUAUGAGCCAAUCUGAAUUUGAAGAUAAACACGAAACCAACUUAGGUAUAACUCCAGGAAGGAGUGAAAGAGAGUCUUUCUGUAAAUCCAAAAAUGGCUCCUCACUAUUUUUCAGGGAGGAUUUAGGAAGAUCUAGGAAUAGUGAUUUCGAUCCAACUUCGAUCAAAUAUAGAACCUAACCCCAUGAGGUCCAUUUCAGAAUCAAAAUAUUCAUUAAGUAUCUGACACUUAGAAUAUUAUUUUCUAUUUUUGGACCAUUAAUGUUGGUUUAUGGAUUAAUUGACAAAGGAUGGAUAAACUUUAUGGGCAAUUUCAGAAUUUAUGGGUGGUCAAAACCAACAGCCUUUAACUAUUUUUGUUGGGUAUCUAAUUAUGCGUUUUUCUUCUCUUUUGCUUAUUAUGUCGGAAACUAUGGAUUCAGAAUGAUGCAUUACGAAAUUGUAUUCUUUGGUAUCCUCUUUAUAACAGAGAAUGUUACCUAUGCCAUCAAAUUUUCCUUCUUCCAUCCCACUAAAUUGAGCCUCGUAGAAAGAUUUGACCUCAAUGUUAUUAGAGACCUAUGCGAAUAGAGCCUAAGCCCAUAUCAUUGGAUAUAGCAAUUACCAUCAAUAAUCAAUAGGGAGUUCGAAUAAUCAAUUAAAAGAAACCAGAUUGAACCAACUUCUUUUCUUGUAUAUUUUAUGAUAGCACCUAGUCAAGAGAAAUUAAAACGAAUUUAAGUUGAAUAUCGAGAUAACAAACUGAAGCAUUAUGAGGAAGUGGCAGCUAGUUGUAUUUCAAUGGCAAAAGAAAUUGUCGAAGAAUUCAAUAAGAAAUGCCACAUUAAUUUCAUAAAUAAAUUCUCAAUCUUUGUUGCAUUAGUAAGAGUGGCAGCCUAUGUCCUCAUAAUGAACUUCUGUAAUGAAUCUGUGAAGGAUUAUGGUAUAGCUGUGUAAAUGUGCAUUUUCUAAUUUAUGUACUUUUACAUGAUAACUGGCUUGAUGAUGAUCACUUAUCGAGACUUAAGAAGAAAGGUCUUUGCAAUGACUCAACUAUCUCACCUAAUUUCAGCGGAGAAAGUUGAAGUGUAUUAGGAAUCUAAAAUGUUCCCAACUCUCAAUCUAUUGUGUUGUGUUUCUUUAUAUUCUUGGGUCAAUCUGAGAAAGAUGAUUCUCGAUUAUGGAUUGCAAUACACAAUGAGACAAUCCUUCAUGUUGUCCUUUAUCAUGAUUCUCAAUGCAAUCAUGAUGGCCGUUAUGACAUUCCUCUUCUAUUUGGGAGCCAUUACUAUCAAUAGCAUACUCUAAUAGACUUUUGAUUUUGUGAUUAUUGCAUCGAUAUCAAUUGCUCUGGUAUUGCAAGGAGCCAGAAUCAAUGCACAUUGGAGUAUUCAUAGAGGAUUAUUGCGGAAAAACCUAUUCCUUAUCCAAUAAUUGGCAUUUCAAAUUUUUAAGUCAUUGGAUUACACCUUCAAACCUGAAGAUCCAGUUUUUACUGCAUUCCAAAAGCUGCUUGAAACUGCUUCAGUGUAAAGCGCACUUCAGGAUGACUAAUUUCUGAACUACUCCAUGUUUUGCAUUCGUUCAAUCCAAAAUGUGUAUGAUGAUUUGGGUCACCAAGAAAAAUCCCAGCCAUAUACUGUGAUGGGAAUAGCCAUGACCUAUUAACUACUUUUAUAAGUAUGUAUUAGUGCGUUGGGAUUGAUCGGAACCUCGGGAUUAAACUUCAUUUUAUAAGUGUCUAGUUGA